AUGUCCGCGACGGACUGGUACGCGCACAAGUCGCUCGAAAACGGCAUGUAUUGGAUCCAGGAGCGUUUCUACGAAUCGGGGAACAGAGCUAACAUCUGGCUGAUUCGCGGAUCUCACCAGGACGUGCUGAUCGACGCCGGACUCGGCCUGCGCAGUCUGCCCGAGUACAUCAACGCUAAAGGCCUGCUGGGAGACGACGCCAAGAGGAAAAACCCGCUGCUGGCGAUCGGGACGCAUGUGCACUUUGACCACUCGGGCGGCCUGCACCAGUUCCAACAGGUGGGCGUGCACGAGGCCGAGGUCGAUGCCCUGGCCAAUGGAGACAACUUCGAGACGGUGACAUGGCUGUCUGACAGGGAGGUGGUGGAGAACCCGUCCCCGGGCUGGACGGCCAGGCAGUACAGAGUGAAAGCAGUGCAGCCGACCCACAUCCUACAGGAAGGUGAUGUCAUCAACCUUGGGGACCGGCAGCUGACGGUGCUCCACAUGCCAGGCCACUCCAGAGGCAGCAUCUGCCUCCAUGACAAGGACAACAAGAUACUGUUCAGUGGAGACGUGGUGUAUGACGGCUCCAUGAUCGACUGGCUGCCCUACAGCGCCGUCGGCGACUAUGUGCGUAGCUGCCAGAGGCUGGUAGAGAUGGUGGACAAAGAGGAAGUGGAGCAAGUCAUGCCUGGCCACUAUAACGCCUUCGGGGCCAAGAGGCUCCACCGUUUGGCCUCCACCUACAUUUCCAGCGCGGGAAUGUGUCACAGGUUGACUACCUGUGCAGUGAAGUCUGUAGCCAGCCUGGCACUUCGGGCUUCCAACUCCUGCUGUGCCUGUUCCUAGUUAUUAGAACUAUAUGCUACGAUAUACAGCACAAAUCCAGCACUGAGCAAUAAGGAUCAUCUGUAUUCAGAGGUGUAAGCGUGGAGGUAGUGUUUUUUGGAUACUCAACUGAUUGGAAUUAAAAAUGCAAAGUAAUAAUAAUAAUAAGGCAUAGGAACAGAUUGUUAUUUCCAGGCAUAGUUAUUGUUCAAUCCAUCAGAUUAUAAUUUAAUACUCAGACAAUUAAGGCCAAGUCCAGAGUUAAGCUCGCAUGUAUCCAGGGCAGAAUGGCUUUUGUACACCCCUUUAGAAAUUUCCCAUACUGCCAGAUCACUAGAGGCACAACUCUGCAGUUACAAUGCCCCUUGUGUUUAAAGUGUCAGCAGGAUGACAUACUGGUAGUGAGUGUUAACAGUAACAUUUAUAUUAACCAAGAUCUGUCCUCUGUUAGGUUAAAAUGAAGCAUUAUUUCUUAACUGCAUUAUGAAACUAUGUUCUAAGAGCUCUAUACAACAUGUAGCAUAGACUAUAACCCAUGGUAUUAUACUUUUGGUAUUAUUGUGAUGCAUUUGAUUGCUCUAUAUUUAAUAACUGACUGUUGUUUUAGCCAAUUUAAGCAGUAUCAUUUUACCACAAUUUAUGCACACACUAAAGCAUAAAACCUUCCAUAUCAACAUUACUUACACACUUUAGUUACAUUUUUGUAACACUGGAGACCCUUUCCUUAAAUGUUAAAUCAACAUCUCACUGUAAACUUCAUAUCAACAAUUACACACAUUUUUGUUUGCACAUCCACCAUAAAAGUUUGUGUAGAAGAUUUAUCACAAAUAACUACAAGUGUCAGGGUUUUUUUUUUUAUUAUAUGGUGGUUUUUAAAUUUAAGAAAUCAGUAGCUUUUAACAUUCAAAUAUUUAUAUAUCUUUUUUACUACUACUGUACAUGAUUGGUGGCCAGACAGUUCUUUCAUAUAAUUUGUGUGCAGUGAACAAAAUUUAAGCCCUUAAUCUGCUUUGCAAGUGGGACGGACUUUAUCUCUGGAGCGCUCUAAAUCAAACACUGUCUGAAAAUUCUGCUUGUCAAGGUUACCUGGUUCGAUAAUCUUGUCCAAAUUGACUGCAGACAUACCAAUACAUUUAAGUAAUAUCGCCUAAGCAAGAGUGCGGUUUUACUGAAUAUCGACUGGCUGUGAUCAGCACAGCCGUGCUGAUAUUCAGUAUAACCACUUGACUGCGAGUGCGAUAUUGUUUGUAUACAACAGUUCUAUAAACAGGAAAUUAAUAUCAUGUAACUGACAUUUCAGACAGAAUAUGGCCAAAUGUUUAGUGUACUUUUGGUCUGUUAGCGGAAAUAGAUCCUGAAGACGUGACACUCAUUUUAUAGCACGUCGGCUAGGUCGCUAGCUAGCUCACAAUGAUUUGUACGUUUCCGUUAAAGGUGCUCCCGGUGCAAUUGGCUUCCCUUCUUCCUUUUCAUCUUCAUCUGGCAUUUUAAGUCAAAAGUUACAGUAUAUUCAUGAAAAAUUUAUCCUUUGCCAUGUCUGCUGAUGAUGUCACUAACACACUACUGUAGUAACCAUUUCGAACUAGGAAGUGGACAUUUAUGUAGCGAACACAAACAAGCGGAGUGAUGCGCACAAUGAAAUGUCCCAGUGCAUUUAACUAACUAUAAGCACUUUUGGAACGCUGUUUGACCAAUCAAAUUGAUGGACCGAAGCUAACUGUUGUAUAAUUAUGUGUAUAUGGAUAUCACAGUGAAGCGUACCGUAUAAUAGUUUUUGUGACAUGUUACACUUGAUGAUGUGGCUACAAGAUCACACUUCAGUGACUUCAUAUAUGCAGAAACAACUGAAAACCUCCAGCAAGCUCAGUGGUUGGUGACACAGUUCACACUGCAAUAUAGCUUAUAACUAAAGAAUUAAUUCAAGUUUUUCUUCAAUCGAACUCAACAUCUACUUCACUUCAUAGCUGAAACUGGGUGAACAAAAAGUCUUUGCAUUUUGAAUUUGAGCCUCAUAUUCAUCUUUAAUCCAGUACGGUUGAGUAUUCCACAAUUUCACAGAUCCAGGACAUGUAGACUACACCAGGUGUACACCAUCAAAUAAUAUGGAAGGAUAAUCCAGAAAGUGUUGCAAAAGUGUUGAGUAUUUGAAAAUGUACAGCAGAAAAUGUCUUUGAACUUAAGUGUGAAUUGACAGAUGUUAAAAAAAAAAAAAAAGAAGAAGAAGAUGAAAAAAGAUGUAGCUUAAUAUUAACACAUUUUAUUUACCGAACGAGUCCUGCCGGGGCCAUGUGUGUGUGGAGUUUGCAUGUUCUCCCCGUGCUGCGGGGGUUUCCUCUGGGUACUCCGGUUUCCUCCCCCAGUCCAAAGACAUGCAUGGUAGACUGAUUGGCGUGUCUAAAGUGUCCGUAGUGUAUGAAUGGGUGUGUGAGUGUGUAUGUGAUUGUGCCCUGCGAUGGACUGGCACCCUGUCCAGGGUGUACCCCGCCUUGUGCCCGAUGCUUCCUGGGAUAGGCUCCAGGUUCCCCGUGACCCUGAAAAGGAGUAAGCAGUAGAAGAUGGAUGGAUGAAUGGAUUUACCAAAUGAAUGUAUUUCUGUUAAAGCAUGCUCUGAGCGAGAGUAUAGUGUAUAUUGUAAUUUAAAUGAUAAUGUGUGCAGAAUUGAAAGCUUGUUGGCUUGAAGAUGUGAACAGAGUAACCAGAUACAGCGUAUCACUUGACAGGGUGACAAUCUUAAAUCACUAGUUCCGAACCCAGUUAAUAAGGACGUUCCUUGUAAAUAGUAGAUGUUAGGGAAUUAAACAGGGUAGCAUUGCUAAGUACAGUGUGCAGAUCGUUGUGUUCGUUUUGCGUGCCAAAGCAAACUUUGCAUGUGUCACUUACAAAUCCCAGACACUAAAAGUUCAAUUGAAUCUCCAGUCAGAAAUUUGGUGAUGAAUAAUGAAUGUUAUAAUAUUGUUUGAGUUCUUAAAUGUGAUUAAUUAAUGUUGAGUUGGACUGUUAUGUUGAUAUCGUACAUUCGAUAAUACUUUAGUACUUUCAUUUUUUUUUCACUUUCCACCAAUGCAUGGUAUUCAUAUGUUUAGCAAUGCAGAAACUGCACAGUACUUUUCUUCUGCAAGCACAAACUUUUUUCAGUAACACUGUCUACACCUAUGAUGAUCUGUACAUGCAUUCAUAACAUUAUAUAUAGUCUGCUCUGAAACUAUUGAACAGAAAGGCCAAUUCAAUUGUUUGUGCUAUACACCAAAGACUUUUGGGUUUGAGAUCAGAAGAUGGAUAUGAGAUGAGAGUAUUUACAUCUAGAUGUGUUAAACAACAUGAAAACAUAGAACAGUUUGUAUCAGACCACGGGACUUUUUGGCGAGCAAAACUAUAGGAACAGAUAAGUCUUGAAGUAAAUUAAAGUUAAUAACACUUAAUAUUUGGUUGCAUAUCCCUUGCUUUCAUUAACUGCAUCAAGCCUGUGACUCAGUGAUAUCACCGAAUUGUUGGUUUCUUCUUUCGUGAUGCUUUUCCAGGCUUUUACUGCAACCUCUUUCAGUUGUUGCUUGUUUUUUGGGUUUUCUCCCUUCAGGUGAAAUACAUCCUCGGUUGGGUUAAGAUCUGGUAAUUGAUUUAGCCAGUCUAAAACCUUCAACUUACUUUUCCCCCUUGAUGACCUUUGUUGAGUUGUACUGGCUAUGCUCAGUGUUUACUCAGUGGCUCUGACUGAUUUUCCCGCUUUUCUUGGCUUCAAAAUGGCUUGCUUUUCUCCCACAGACAGCUCUUUGAUCUUCAUGUUGGUUUAUCCUUUUUUAAACAACAAAUGCAGUCUUCACAGGUGAAACUGCAGCCUUAAACCAAAAGUAGAUGUUCGGAGCUAUUUAUUGUUUAAACAAUCAAUCUAACAUGACACACCUGAGCAACAAAAAACACCUAUCAGUCACAUGUUCCAAUAUUUGUGCUCACCUACACACUGGGUAGUCUGAUACAAAAUGUGCUAUGUUUUAUGUUGUUUAACACAUCUACAUACAAAUACCAGGAAAUAAAAGCUGGAAUUCUAAACGCUUUUCUCAUAUUCAUCUUUUGAUGUCAAACCCAAAUGUCUUCAGUCUACAACACAAAACAAAUGAACUGGUGUUGCUGUUCCAAUAGUUUUGGAGGGGACUGUACUUGUAAUAUAAGGUGUUGUACACCUUAAGUGCAAAAAAGUGCAUUGCACAUUAGAGUAAUGCCUAUUAUGCAUUAUGAAUAAGUAGUGUGCAUAACACAUCAGGGGUGUCAACGAAACCCAGCUUGAAUACUGUAUUGUCUUUCUUUUCUUUUCUUUCUCUCGUUUUUCCUAUUUUUUUCUAAAUUUUUUUUUACAUUUAUUGUUACUGAUGCUUAUAACAUUUAUAAUGAUGUAUAAAUUUAUGAGCUAAAUUGAGUAAAGUGAGACAUAUUUAAAAAAAAAUAAUUAAAAUUUUUAAUGCAUUAUGUAUCAAUUCAUCAUGUGUAAUGAACAUUGCUAUAAAGUGUAAUGCACUUUCAUAAAUAAUUAUAACUGUAAAAUGCCGUAUGAAUGCAUUAUAACGUUAUGAACAUAUUCAUAGUUGAUUAUAUAAUUUCUGUCAUAUAAUUUUAUCAUUUGGAGAGCCUUUGUAGCAAGUGUUACUCUUCUUCUUCUUCUUUUUUUUUUUUUUAAUUUGUUUGCACUGUUUCUUUUGGAAAAAAGUCAGAUAGUGUGUGAGUGCUGGUGAACCAGGCUUACUCAUUUACCAUGCAAAUACCUUAUUGACCUCUUUUACAAACAGAAAGUGAACACGCAUCCAGUUUAGCGCCUUGUUUUUGAAGGAUAAAGAGUGAUGAUGAUGUUUGUGAUGAAUUUUUUCUGGCUCUGGUUUAAAACAUUACAGAUCUUUUGUAUGGACAUGGACGGGUAUAUGCCAUGCCAUAUUGAGAUUGAGCGUCAUGCAUUUAUGCCUCUUCUUCAUGUUGUAUUAUACCUCAGAGUAACAUAUUACAAGGCAUAAUCCUAAGAAUGUGUGGAAUUUGCAUUGCCAGAUAUGCAUAUGAGUAACUGAUGUGUGUAGUGUUAAUGUGUGGUGUUGAUGUUAAUGCUGCUGUAAGCUUGUAUAUUUGGAUUGUGUUCCUGCUCAGGAAUCCUAUAUAAAAUCUGGCGUUUCGAGCAGAGCCAUACAGUAACAACACUAUAUUUAGUGCCUCUCUGAGUGUUAACACACUGAUGAUACCUCACACUGCUGUAGCUGCAGCUGGUGAAAUAUGCAGGCACCUGUUUAAAAAUGUACAAUAUACUGGCUUUCUAUUCUGAA